UUCUUAUCAUCGUUGUGUCAUUAUCAAAAAAAAAAAAAACACCAAAACAUUGGCCUGUGGACAAGUGCCCCCUCAUAACGGCAAUGCUAAACGCCAAAAUACAAUUUUUCAAUAGGCACAGCUGCAGCAGCUGUCAGUAGUAGUUGAAUUCAUUGUCCUUUUUUGGAAGUACCUCGUGUACAAAGCAGCAACAAUCAAAAAGACGUUCAAAAUCGCGGUCAAAGUUUUUACCAGCAGCUACUCUGUCUGCUUUUGUAUCCAUCGUCCUGCAAUAUUCAAGCGCAUUUAUGCUUAUAAGCAGCUCUGCAAAUAGCACAUGCCUUUUAAAAUGACAAAUCCAAACAAACAUAUUUGCAAAUUACAAGAAUUUUCUGCACACAAUGCAAACGUUACUUGUUUGGCUCUUGGUCAAAAGAGCGGCUUAGUAUUAGCUACAGGUGGUGCAGAUAAUAAAGUAAACUUGUGGAAAGUCGAUAGUGAAACUUGUUUUAUGAGCUUAUCUGGUCAUGUAACUCCAAUUGAAUGUGUACAGUUUGAUCCUUCUGAAUAUCUAGUGGGUGCUGGUAGCCAAACAGGUGGUUUAAAAGUAUGGGACUUAACUAAAGGAAAAAAGGUUAAGACAUUUAGUGGACAUAAGUCAGCUGUUACAAAAUUAGAUUUUUUUCCUUUUGCUUCAUCUUCAUAUUUUGUAACAGGUUCAAAAGAUACCAAUGUUAAGUUAUGGGAUUAUCGAUAUUCACAUUGCAUAGGGAUGUACAAAGGCCAUGAAGUAUCUAUAUCUAGUUUGAAGUAUAGUCCAGAUGGUUUAUGGAUCGCCUCUGGUGAUGAAGAUGGAUGUGUUAAGAUAUGGGAUUUGAGAGUUGGACGCAUGAUACAUGUUUUUGAUAAACUACAUAAUGGAACAGUAACAUCAAUUCAAUUUCAUCCAUUAGUGUUUUUACUAGCUAGUAGUGGUACAGACAAUAAAAUUAAUAUAUUAGAUUUGGAGCGAUUUAGUAUUAUAUCUCAAAUAGAUACAGAAAAAUCAAUAAUUAGAUGUUUGCAAUUUAAUGAUAAAGGAGAUGUUCUAUAUGGAGGUGGUGAUGAUUACCUUGGUGUGUAUGGUGUAGAACCAACCAGAGUAUGUGAUUCGGUGGUUGUAAAAUGGGGAAAUAUGAACGAGUUAGUAGUAAAAGAUAAUCGAAUUGUUGGUGCUUCACAUUUAUCAACAGACGUUUCAACAUGGUUAAUUAAUUUACCAGAAGAAUAUCCUUUUAAGAAUCAAUUUUCACCAUCUGAUAAUUCAUCAAAGACUAAUACUAUGUUUACAAGAGAUACUGGUGUUCGAAAAAGUUUUAAUAAACAAAAAUCACGAGAAAUGAUUAAACCCAAAACUAAUAUGAAAUUAAUUGAUGAAAGCGAAACUGAUAUUGAUGACGAAAAUCAAACUGUAAUUAAUAAUGUUCAUGAUUAUCAUUCAGUGUUUAAGCCAAAUAGAACUUCGUUUAAACCAAGUAGAAUAUUAAAUAGGAGUCCACCUCCAUUUUCACCUUUAUCCGAAGAUGAUUAUCCCAAUAAUAUAUUUAUUCCUGAAGUAAAUAGAAAUCAAUCUACUUCUACAAAAUCAGAGGAAAAAAAACAUAGUACUGACAUUUCUCAAGGAUUAAUGCAAAGCAGUUAUUCAGAAGCUGAAACUUCAUCAUUGGAUUCUACUCCUUGUGAUUCAUUGCAGUUACCUCAGUUUGAGAAUUCUAGUGAUUACCAUACUCCCGAUUUACCAACUCCUUCAUCAAAACCUGAUAGUGUUGAGGCGUCUGAAAAAAGACACAAUCCUUACAUAACCUCAUCAGUUUCAAUGCGGAGUGUAUCUUCUAAUGUAAUCAAUGAAAGUUUAUCCAAACGUCCAUCUUCUUUACCAGUCUUUAGACAAAAUGAUCAUUUUGCUUAUGGAAAUAAGUAUACAUCACCUCAAUCUCAAAGAAAAAUAAUUCCAGAUGAAAUUCCAUCAUUAGCUCAUCAUAAACGACUGUUGGCUGAUGAUUUCUUGAUUACACCAGAACAUAAAAAGACUGAUAUCAUGGCUAAGAAAUUUGAGCUUCCCUUAGAUGAUUUUGGGGAAUUAAAAAAUGUUUGUACAAAUAGUUUAAAUAAUAUCAUUUAUGAUGAAGAAGACAUUGUGGAAGUUCUUUAUAAAAAUCAUAAGUCCACUAUGGAUGUGCUCAAAGAAAGACAACGUCAUCUUAAUAUUAUACAGACAUUAUGGACUAAUAAAAAUUUUAAGUGUGCUGUAAAUUCUGCAGUUUCCAUGAAUGAUGAUGCUGUCAUAUCAGAUCUCAUUUCUAUUAUUACACAACGCCCAAAUCUUUGGUGUUUAGAUGUUUGCAGCAUGCUUCUUCCUUCUAUAUCUGAUUUGAUUCAAAGUGACAAUGAGGUAUUUAUAAAUGUAAGUUUCAAAGCUAUAAGAGAUAUACUGCAGUAUUUUAUGCCAGUCAUUAAGAAUAGUAUACUAAGACCGCCUUCUGCUAUAGGUGUUGAUAUUAUGCAAGAGGAAAGAUAUAACAAAUGUCGCAAGUGUCAAAACAUACUCAUGGACAUUAGGUCAUUUGUGCUGAAGAGGCAAACGGCCCAGGGUAACUUGGGAAAUGUGUUUAGGCAGUUACAUAUGCUCUUGCAAACAAUAGACAUCUAAAUGGCAGAGUGAGGACUUUUAGGUUUCUUACUCAGCUGAAAAGACGGCCACUGACCACAAUACACUAAACAAGUGGCAAAUCUCGUUACUGCGCGUCAAUGACACAUUAUUAUUAUUAAUUUUUUAUUAUUUUUAAGCCUUGUCAAACUGUUGUCAAUGUGUAGUUUUUUUUGUAUAAUUUGUUAAUUUUUUUUUAACUUUAAUUUUUAAACGUUUUUUAUAUUUCUUUUCCGAUCAUAAUAAUUUUGUAAAACUAACACCCCGCCAUACUUUUAAGCUUUUUGUACCCAUUCAACUUUUGUCCUUACCAGCUUUUAAAAGGAGUUCAGAACCAUAUACAUAUUAUAAAUUUCCAAACCAACAUGAUACAGCCUGUGCACAUAAUAAUAACAAUAAUAUGCUCUUUCUAUUUUAACAGCACUGUUUCGUCACAUAAUAAUAUAUCAAUCCAAUUCUGUGGACAACGUAUGUGUGUAAAAUAUUCUUCUAAAUUGGCUUUCUUUCUUUUUUAUUUCUUACCUUUUCUGAAAAGGUC